AUUUUCGCACCUCAAUUGUAUGGAAAACCCCACUUGCCUAAGUUAUUUAAUUUUCCUCGCAUUCAUCAAAUCUCUUCGAAUUUUAAAACAGUUUUUUCCUCUCUAUAAAUACCCAUACUCCCACCUUAUCCUCUUCACACCAAAAACUUCCAACUAGUUCAUCAAAGCCUAACCACCCUUUCUCUCCUUAGCCAAACUCCAACCAUGGCAUCAAUCACCAUAACCUCAUUGCUCUUCUUUUCCUUGAUCACUUUGUCAUUGGCAAUGGACACGUCCAUGCGUAGCAAUGAGGAGGUCAUGACCAUGUACGAGGAAUGGUUGGUAAAACACCAUAAGGUGUAUAAUGGUUUAGGAGAGAAAGAUCAAAGGUUUGAAAUUUUUAAGGAUAAUUUAGGAUUCAUCGAUGAGCACAAUGCUCAAAAUUACACAUACAAAGUAGGGUUGAACAAGUUUGCCGAUAUGACCAACGAGGAAUAUCGCAACAUGUAUUUGGGUACGAAGAAUGAUGCCAAACGUAACGUUAUGAAAAUCAAGAUCACUACCGGUCACCGGUAUGCUUUUAAUUCCGGUGAUCGGUUGCCGGUGCAUGUUGAUUGGAGGUCGAAAGGUGCAGUUGCUCAUAUCAAAGAUCAAGGAAGUUGUGGAAGUUGUUGGGCGUUCUCAACAAUAGCCACAGUGGAAGCUAUAAACAAGAUAGUCACAGGGAAGCUUGUGUCUUUGUCAGAACAAGAGCUUGUUGAUUGUGACAGAGCUUUCAAUGAAGGCUGCAAUGGUGGUCUCAUGGACUAUGCCUUUGAAUUCAUCGUUGAAAAUGGUGGCAUAGACACUGAACAAGACUAUCCAUAUAAGGGAUUUGAGGGUAGAUGUGAUCCAACAAGGAAAAAUGCCAAGGUAGUGAGCAUUGAUGGAUAUGAAGAUGUUCCAGCUUAUAAUGAAAAUGCAUUAAAGAAAGCUGUUUCUCAUCAACCUGUGAGCGUUGCUAUUGAGGCCGGUGGCCGGGCUUUGCAACUCUAUCAAUCGGGUGUAUUUACUGGUAGAUGUGGAACAAACUUGGAUCAUGGUGUGGUUGUUGUUGGAUAUGGUUCUGAAAAUGGUGUUGAUUAUUGGUUGGUUAGGAAUUCAUGGGGUACAAAUUGGGGUGAAGAUGGUUACUUCAAGUUGGAACGUAAUGUGAAAAAGAUCAAUACAGGAAAGUGUGGAAUUGCAAUGCAAGCCUCAUACCCAGUGAAGUAUGGUCAAAAUUCAGCUUAUGAAAACAAUGAAGAGCUUGUUAGCAGUGCUUGAAACACCACCAACAGUAUCUCAAGUGUUAAAUAUUCCUAUUGAAUUAUAUAUGCUUAUUGGUUUAAUAUUGUAAAUAGAGUAUUACUAUUUUCUUUACGUGAAAGCUGCACCUACCAGCUUUCACUACUGUUAUUUGAUUUCAAUGUUUAAUUUGAAUUGAUUUCAACUUGCUAGUUAUAUUGUGGAUUUAUAUAGAUUUUUGCCAA